GUGAUAGACAAUGGCUCAGGUCUGCUCAAGGGCGGUGUUGCUGGGGACAAGGAACCAGAGUUCAUCUUCACCCACUUGACAGGUCGGCCCAAGGCCAAGUCAGUGAUGCUAGGUGCUGGCCAGAAGGACUUCUACAUUGGACUUGAGGCACAAGCCAUCCGAGCAAUCCUCUCCCUCAGAUACCCAGUAGAACAUGGAAUUGUCACGUCCUGGCCAGACAUGGAAAAAAUAUGGAGGCACGUUUAUGAUAACGAAUUGAUGUUGAACUCCAGGACUAGACCAGUAUUUAUAACGGAGGCUCCACUCAACCCACUGGCCAAUCGCGAACAAAUGACAAAAGUUCUUUUUGAAAAUUUUGAGGUGCCAGCCCUCUAUGUGGCCAUCCAGGCUGUGCUGGCGCUCUACGCUGCAGGCCUCACCACCGGUUGUGUGAUGGAUUCUGGAGAUGGCGUCACCCACACAGUCCCAAUCUUUGAGGGCUACUGUUUGCCUCAUGCGGUUCUCUGGCUUGACCUGGCAGGAUGGGAUCUCACAGACUACCCCAUGACGAUCCUGAGGGAAAGUGGAAUAGCCUUAGUGAGCACAGCUGAGAGGGAAAUUGUGUGA